CUUCUUGGUUUAGCGAUUGAAAUUCGCGCCAUUGUUCCUGGUGGCAUUUACACGGAUCUGAUGAGGAGUGGCAUAAUUAGCGAACCGUACUAUGGUUUCAACGACGUGAACUACGAGUGGGUCGCCUUGGAAGACUGGACGUUUUACAGAUCGUUUAUAGGUAUGGCUGCCGUACGCACAUCUUACACAACGUGCGCCAUUCCGUUGGUCGAUGACAUCACUAUUCUUCGCUGGUGGCCACUCGGUUAUGGUCCGCAAAGUUUGUACACGCUCAAGAUAUCAGCUUCCGUAGACGACGAACCGUUUGAGAAGAUCAUCCGGAUCGGGUUUCGAACAGUUCAGCUGAACGAGGACGUGAUCCAGGACUUUGACACUGCGACUGCUUUCGGCUUCGUGGUGAAUGACGUCCCCGUAUAUGCUAAAGGCAGCAACUGGGUGCCACCAGAUAUAUUUCCGGAGAGAAUCACAAACGAGUACGUCAGGGAGCUGCUGCUUUCUGUCAAGGACGAUGUCUAUGGAAAUCUGAGUUUUGUUGAUGAAACCAUGGCACCGUUCUUGAGUCUAUACUUUCUCGCAAGCAAAAUAUUGCCGAGCUCUCCACUGAAUGUAGCCACCUCAGCGAGUCCACUUGCCUUGAAACUUGGAGUUUGCACAAUCUCCCAUAGCGAUCCCACUGCCCGGUGGUUAAAGAGAGCACCAUUGGCGGGGGCUGUUCUUGGUAAUAAAAUGAAAGCACUUCAGAGAACUCAAAUGUAUUACGUACGCUCAAUGGACAGGCAAAAAUACACAAUGAGACCCGCUGUUUGCACCCAUUCUUUGCAGGAGGCGAACAUGAACAUGCUUCGCGUUUGGGGCGGCGGCGUGUACGAAACGGAUUACUUCUAUAGCCUCGCCGACGAGCUGGGAAUCCUUAUCUGGCAGGACAUGAUGUUUUCAGCGAGUCUUUAUCCGGCGGAUCGGUCUUUUCUAUACAGUGUCUCCACCGAAGUCCAGCAACAGGUUCGACGACUACAAUAUCACCCUUCUCUGGUCAUUUGGGCUGGAAACAACGAAAACGAAGACGCCCUUUCUUCCGGUUGGUGGAGGGAAGUACAGAAGGACUACGACCUAUACCGUACCGAUUACCUAAAGUUGUACAUCGGCGUUAUCAAGACCAUCGUUGAGACCGAAGACAGGACGCGACCUUUCGUCUCAUCAACACCGAGCAACGGAAGAAAAACUGCCGAAGAUGGCUGGAUUAGUUCCUCACCCAACGGUGAAAUGAAUGGUGAUGUGCACUUUUACAGUUACAGCAGCGAACUCUGGAAACCGUCGAGCUUCCCUGUGCCGCGGUUUGUGACCGAGAUCGGCAUACAAUCCUAUCCACCCAGGGACUCGAUGGAACGUGUUAUGCCCGCAUCGAUGGUCACUUACCCUUUCUCUCGCUUCCUGGACCACAGGCAACACUACGCCCUCAGUAAGGCUGCAUCUGUCAGAGCUACAAUGACAUUAGCAAAAUGUCCCCUGUGGCAUAUAUUCUUCUAGACACCAUCUUACACAAAUAAAUA